UAUAACCAUAAAAUAUGCGCAAGAGUUUGCCCAAUAGUUGGCUUAUGACCGGUAAGGAGCGUAAGACGCUCCUUAUGCACAGAAAAAUGGAAAUUCAGGAAAAAUAAAAACAGAAUGAGAUCAGUGGAAAUUGACCAAGAAAUUGAAGAGGAAAUUAAGCAAAUUGAAGCACUCAAGACUUUGGUUAUGACCCGAAGGUUUAGUUACAUGCAAUUACUCAAAUCAAACCAUAUAGAGAAAGCUAAAUAAAUUGGGUAACAAGAAGAGCAAGAAUAAGCCGAAAUUCCUGGUCCCAAUCACUUCUCGUCUAGCUCUCCCUGAGAUUGGAAAUAAUUCCAAGACCGCCAGGAUUAUCAGCCAACCAAAAACUAAGAAGCAAGAAGACCUUGUCGAAUGUUAUAAAAGACUUAAAUAUCUUGAAAAGUUCGACAAAAAAGAGCUAGAUGCUUCCUUCCUCAUUGAAAAAGGUGAUGCUGUGCAGGAGGAAUACAAGAUACAAAAUGAGGGAGCAAAAGUCCUGCGUAGGAAGAGAUAUCAGUCAAGGAAGAACCUCCACAGGCUGAAUAAGUUCUCCAAGAAUGAGCUGUAG